AUGUGGCAAGAGGAAUACCUGGCGGCGGCGACGCCUGAAUACGCGACGGCUCAAAUAGCGGUGUGGUGGGACAUUGAGGGCUGUCAGAUUCCCGAGGGUUAUGAUGCUCGUUGGGUCCGGCCGAGCAUAGAAGGGGAGUUGAGGAAACUAGGUUACUUUGGUCCUGUCUCCAUCACUGCCUAUGGCGACCAUAAACAAACCUCUGAUGACCACCUGCGAGGGCUCUCUUCCACUGGAGUCGCUCUUUCACAUACCAUUCCCGAGGUCAUAUACAAGCGCAUGAAUUCAGACAUGAGGGACUGGCGACUUGAUAAUCCUCCUCCGGCUACAAUAAUGCUCAUCUCCGAUCAUGUGGAAUUUCUCUUCGCAAAAGGCCUUGUCCAUGUGCAACAAGGGGAUAAAUACAACCUUUUUCUGGCUUAUUCAUUUAGGCCUUACAAAAUGUCAAUCCUGGUCACUUCUGCAGAGUGGCUCUGGGAAAGCUUACUUGCAGUUUCAGAGACAAGAAGACACGUUCUUCGCAAGUGCAGUGAAAGAAGUGAAUCUACCGGUAUGUUUUAUUGCAACGUCUGCUUUUGUGAUUGCCAAAGCUCUGGUGAUUACAGGAUGCAUCUCUCAAGUGAUGAACAUAAACAACAAGAGGCUUGUAUUAUUUCGGUUAUUCGAUCAAACGACCAAGAUAAAGAGUACUGGCUAAGAAAAACUGUUGAAAAGGAGCAAACGUUUGAGGAAAGCAGUUCGGACGGGUCUUGGUCUUCUUCAUAA